AUGUCCACAGAACGAACCCGCAUCUUAGUGACAGGUGGCUGCGGCUUCCUAGGCACAGAAAUUGUAUCCGCGCUCCUAGCCACAAAGCGCUACGACAUAACCACAAUUGACAUCAACCCCCCAGCCCUCGGCACCUCAACCUUCACUCAAUCCGUGCGGUACGUGCGCGCCAACAUCCUUGACCGGGACGCUCUCCAAAAGGUCUUCGAUGAAGCAAAACCUGCAAUGGUGGUGCACACAGUCGGUGUAUACCGCCUAGGCACAGCGCGGUACUCGAUGAAGAACAAAGAAGGCGAGUUUACGGUUAAUGUUGAGGGGACGAGAAAUGUGCUCGAUGCAAGUAAAGAGUGUGGCGCGAAGGGGCUCGUGUAUACGAGUAGUGUUACGGUGGUGCUGGAUGAGUUGGGGAAGGAUUUCAGGAAUGUGGAUGAGCAGUGGCCGACUGGCAGGGCGAAGACGAGCUAUGGGCAGAGUAAGACCAUAGCCGAGAAUCUUGUCCUUUCAGCAACCACCGCCUCCCGCUCCUUCGCAACCUGCUCGCUCCGCUCAGCACCCAUCUUCGGCCCCAAUGACCCGACCGUAAUCCCCACAGUGCACGCCUGCAUCGCCGCCUACCAAACACCCUUCGUCCUCGGCGCCGCCGCUGAGAACCUCCAGGACUACGUGUACGUCAGCAAUGUCGCAGACGCCCACGUCCUCGCUGUUGCCAAUUUACUAAACUCGCAGACUGCGGCUGGCGAGGCUUUCUUCAUUACUAAUGGCGCGCCCGUUCCGCUGAGGAUUCUGUGUCUGAGUAUUUGGAAAGAGUUUGGGCAUGUUCCAGCUUUUGAGGUUAAGAUUCCGGAGGGAGUGGCGUGGUGGAUGGGGCUUGAGAUCGGUAUGUAA